CUUUACCAUAACACACAGAUUAUUUUUUUUAAUUCUGAAAAACUUAUUAUACUUAUUAAACUUAUUAAUAAAAAAAAAUCACUGUCUCAACUUUGGCAUUAAUGAGUCAGUCCUACGAGUCUUUAAUAAUCUGACAGACUCAAUUAAUUUAGUAUAACCAACAUGAUUUGCUUUGACCUUGAAAAGCUUUAUUAGGUUAAACCAACUUAAUAUUUAUCCAAAAGUUGUGGUGACAUUUAGUGGUCAAAUUAUUUCAUGGAAGAUGUUGUGACGUAUUUAUUUUAAUUCCAUUCCAAUUAAAAAAAUGUUUUAAUUUUGACCAAUUUUUUGGAAGUUGUCAACUGACUAAAACACUGUUAUGUAACACACGUAAUUUUUUUUAUGCUGAAAGGCUUCAUUAUUUUAUGCGUUAUCCACUAACCCCAUGAAUCACUUUUUAGAGUGCACUCUAAAAAGUGAUUCAUUGUCUCAACUUAAAGAAAUUAUGGUAAUAGUUUGCAUGCUUCUUUUUUAGUAAUUCCAACUUUGGCAUUAUUGAGUCAGUCCUAUGAGUCUUUUAUUAUAAUCUGACAAACUCACUUAAUUUAGUACAACCAACAUGAUUUGCUGUGACCUCAAAAAGCUUAAAUAAGUUAAACCAACUUAAUAUUUAUCCAAAAGUUGUGGUGAUAUUUAGUGGUCAAAUUAUUUUAUGUAAACUAUUCUAACUUAUUUAUUUUAAUUCCAUCCAACUCAAAAUAGUUUUUGACCAGCUUCUUAAAAUAAGUUGUUAACUGGCUAAAACAGUGUAAUGCAGCAAACAUUUUUUAUUCUGAAAAACUUCUUAAUUGUAUUCUUUAUAGACUAGCUCCAUGAGCCAUUUUUUAGAGUGUAACAGUCAGAGGAAAUACAGAGUGGAUGAGGGGGCAGAGUUAAGAAACUGUUACACAGAUCAGAGUCCACACACAAACAAACACACACUCGGAGGCAGCUGCUCUCGAGUGAAAAGCUGCAUGUUUUCUUCAUUACGUGUCUGAACUUCAGUGACUCUGCAGCCAGGAUGACUCUGGAGCUGCUGUUUGCUGCUGCUCUGUUAGUCGGCGUUUAUUUCCUUCUCCAUGCAACUGUUCUCAAGCUGCCCAGAUGUAAAAGUGCUGCAAAGCUCCAUGGGAAAACCGCCAUCGUCACUGGAGCAAACACCGGCAUCGGUAAGACCACCGCAAUGGACCUGGCCAAGAGGGGGGCGAGGGUGAUUCUGGCCUGCAGGGACAGACAGCGAGCUGAGGCCGCCGUCCAGGAAAUCAUCCAGGAGACAGGAAACAGCGAGGUGAUCUUCAUGCAGCUCGACCUGGCCAGUCUGAAGUCUGUUCGCUCAUUCGCUGACAACUUCCUCCGGUCUGAGUCCAGGCUGGAUCUGCUCAUCAACAACGCUGGUCUCUUGAAUGAUGGAAAGACAGAGGAGGGCUUCGGGUUGAUCUUUGGCGUCAACCACCUGGGUCACUUCCUGUUGACGGUGUUGCUCCUGGAGCGGCUGAAGGCGAGCGGGCCAAGCCGCGUGGUGACUGUGUCCUCCGUAACCUACAAGAUGGGGAAGGUGGAUUUCAACUGUCUGACCACUCACAGAGACAUAGCUUUGGGCAACACCAUGUUUCACCUCAACCUGAAGUACAGCCAUAGCAAACUGUGCAACAUCCUCUUCACCUACGAGCUCGCCAAGAGGCUGCAGGGCACCAACGUCACCUGCUACAGUGUCCACCCAGGAGCUAUACGGACGGAGAUCGGUCGUUACUGGGCCUUCUGGUGGGGGUUCUUGGUGAAACCCAUCAUGUUCCUUUUCUUUGUGGAUGCUGAGUUGGGAGCUCAGACCACACUGCACUGUGCCCUGGAGCAAGGCAUCGAGCACCUCAGCGGCCACUACUUCUCCAAGUGUGCACCGCACAUGAACAUCGAGUCGAAGGCGAGAGAUGACGCCGUGGCCAAGAAGCUGUGGGAGCUCAGUGAGAGUUUCUGCGGCCUGUCCUGAAACCAAGCCUACAAUCCCAGCUUUGGGUUUAAUCUUGUAUUGUGGGCUCUCUUACACCUGUGCUGUGAUUUAACCACUCAUUGGGAAAAACGCAAGAGUUUGACUGCAUCUGAACGCAUCAACAGUCUCGACUCAGCUGGGUUAAAUAUGGCCAGAUGAAAUCACCGGUUUAAAUGUGACCUAAUGUUUGUGAUAGUUACUUCUCUAUCACAUACUUCUCUGCUGCAAGUUUUAAGUCUCUGCAAGUUAAUUUUAAUUAAAUCACUACAUCCUGCAUCUUUCAUAUACUCUACAAGAAUCAAAUAUAUGGCCACGUACACAUUUCCAUAUAUUUUGAUCCAGCAUGUUUUUACAUAUUAAAUGACAGCAGAAAUGUGAUUUACAGAUAUAAUUUUAUAUUUUUUUUGUAUUUGCAAUAUGUUUAUAUUUUGUUUUGGUAUAUAUACUGCUUUGAAUAAAGAUAGUGAACACAGAAA